UAUGCUAAGAGUAGCUUUCAGGACUACAGCCACCUUUACAAGGUUACCAUUCCUGCACAAGGAUUCUGAAACUAUCCUGUUGUAUGACUGGUACAAUGAAACAAACUUUGGUCCUUUAACACCAACUACAGUAUUACAUGAUAUUGGAGGAUCAGAGUUGGGACAAUUGUUGGUUCAAACUCUAAAACCAAUAAGGAUGAUUGUUCAUGAUGGUGAUUUUAUAAACAGUGAUUUUACAGUUGAAAUUGUAACAAAAUAUCUUUUACCAGCAAAUUAUCCACAAGAUGAGAUAUUUUAUUCAUUUAAAAAAGGUUAUCAUUUGGGAUUAAAAAUGUCAAUAAAUGGAGAAGGUUCACUACUAACUAGAGAGGGAGAAAAAUUGGGAAUUGUUAUGAAGCCAUUGUCUAGUGAUUAUUUAACAUACUUUGCAUUGGUUUAUAAUCCAAAUUCAAAAAGAAUGCACUACUAUAUGAAAGGAGUUAAAUAUGGACAUGUUAAUGUUUUAAACUUUAUAGGUGCACCUAAAGAUCUUGCACUUGGAUUCUGUGUUGGAGCUUGUAGUGAAAAAGAUUUUCAUGGUAAUAUUUAUGCUUUUAAAUGGACACGUUCUCUGAAAAGUGAUGCUGACAUAGCAAACAAAUGGCUGGAAAUACCAGUGUUUCAAUGCUUAAAAAACAAAUUAGCCUGA